GGCGAAUAUUUGCAAGAUGCACCACCCACCCUCCGUCUGUUUGUUUACGUCGCCGGGAGAACGCCUCUUGAAACCCGACAACUGCCUGGCGAACUCUAAAACGCGUCCCACCAUGGAAGAAGAGAGCGUGACAGAGCACCACAAUGGAAAGGAGGAGUCUGUGGACGGCGAGGAAUCCAUGAAUGAAGACGAAUCCCCGCUGGUUAAUGUCGACGACGUGCAGAAAGACCCUGCAUUUUACAGCGAUGCGGCGGCUUACUGGGAAACCAUUCCAGCAACUGUCAAUGGCAUGCUCGGAGGCUUAGGUCACAUCUCAACGUCUGAUAUAAGUGGGUCAGACGCUUACCUGAAGAGUAUAUUUAAGAUGAAAAACCCACCAGGACACGGGCGGGCUGUCGACUGCGGCGCUGGCAUCGGAAGAAUAACCAAGCAUCUCCUGCAGAAACAUUUUGGCAAAGUUGAUCUUGUAGAACAAUGUCAGAACUUCAUAGAUAAAGCUAAGGAGAACUUUAAAGGGUCGAAAAAAGUGACCGAGUUCUACUGUGUGGGACUUCAAAACUUUAAGCCAGAACCAAACACAUAUGAUGUCAUUUGGUGUCAGUGGGUUCUAGGACAUCUGACUGAUACAGAUUUAGAGGAUUUCUUCAGAAGAAUGGCUCAGGGUUUGAAGCCCAAUGGUGUUAUUGUUGUGAAAGAAAAUGUGACGUCGUCAGGUGAAGUUGAGUUCGACAAAGUGGAUUCAUCAGUAACUCGACCUGAGUCAGAAAUUCUGGACAUUGUUGAACGCGCUGAGCUGAAGGUUCUUAAGAACAUGAAGCAGCCAAACUUCCCCAAAGGUCUUUAUGAAGUGAAGAUGUUCUGUCUGAAGCCUAAACACACACAUACUUAAAUGUUUACUUUUACAUAAUUGUCAGAGCCUGGUAAAUGUAACACCAUUUCAAAAUAUGCACAUUCUCAAUAUUGUUAUUAUAUCAUUAAAGCAAUGUAUGAGAGUACUAUUGCAAUGAAAUUGAUUUUCGGAUUUGAGAAUGUUAAUUUUCAUGUACAUCCAUUUCAUUAAUUGUUCACAAAAUUAAAUAUUAUUUUAUGUUUG